AUGGCUUCUGUGCAGCUCUGCGGCUUCAUCUCCACGGGAGUGUCUGCGUACGCCGCACGCCUCUGGCAGGCCCUCUCGCACAGCGCGCCCCGGCAGCCGGCCCAGAAGCCGAAGCUGCGAUGUGGGAGGGUUCCGAGGAUGUCGGCGUUGGUCCAGGCGAUGCUGGCUGACUUCGCAUCCUCCGGGAUGGUGUCUACCGGAGUGCGGCACACUUGCGCCGUUGAAGCCUCGGAAGAGAGGCAGCUGGUCUGCUUCGGAAGCAAUGAGCACGGCGAGUGCGACGUCCCACCUGGCUUGGGACCUGUUGUUGCAGUCUCUGCAGGAACCCAUCACACCUGCGCAGUGGCCGCGGGCGGUCAGCUGAGGUGCUUUGGAGCAAAUCUCUUCGGCGAGUGCGAUGUGCCAAGCCACUUGGGGCAAGUUGUAGCGGUCGCAGCCGGCUCGCGCCACACGUGCGCCAUCGCAACGGACGGGCGGCUUACUUGCUUUGGAUACAACGGGUAUGGCGAAUGUAGUGUGCCACCAAAGUUGGGCCCGGUGGCAGAGGUCUCUGCGGGCUUCCACCACACUUGCGUGGUUGAAACCGAUGGACACCUGACUUGCUUCGGAUACAACGGGUAUGGUGAGUGUGAUGUCCCGGAGGACUUGGGACCAGUGUCGGCUGUCUUUGUAGGCAAGGACCAUACGUGUGCAAUACGGGUGGAUGGCCAACUGGUCUGUUUCGGGCAAACUGAGGAUGGCAAGUGCGAUGUGCCGGCGAGCUUAGGACAGGUCGUGACAGCCUCUGUAGGCACUUGGCAUACGUGCGCCGUGACCGCAGAUGGUCAGUUGACCUGUUUCGGGUACAACGGGCAUCGAGCGUGCGACGUGCCAGAAGACUUGGGACCCGUGGUGGCAGUCGCUGCUGGGAGUCGUCACACGUGCGCAAUGAAGGCAGAUGGUGAGUUGGUCUGCUUCGGCUCGCUCUCAACCCAGCAAACUGCGUAG